CAGAGGGGUGGGUGGGCUGUCCUAUGGCGGAGGCCUCGCUCCCAGAGCUGCAGGGAGAUACCGAAGCCCUGCCUUGCCCCAGCAUCCUGGAACUGGAGGAGCUCUUGAGGGCAGGGAAAUUUUCUUCCAACCACGUGGAUGAAGUUUGGCCCAACCUUUACAUAGGAGAUGCCCAAGGUCCUGGUGCACUGUGUGGUAGGGGUGAGCCGCUCCGCCACACUGGUCCUGGCCUACCUCAUGCUGCGCCAGCAGCUGUCCCUGCGCAAGGCAGUGAUCACCGUGCGGGAACACCGAUGGGUCUUCCCCAACCGAGGCUUCCUCCACCAGCUCUGCCAGCUGGACCAGCAGCUGCGGGGUGCAGGCCGGAGCUGAGGGGCCAGAGCUGGUCCGUACGCCCUGUCAUGGGGCUCUGCCACUUUGCCACCCAGGCACUGGUCCUGUUGGUGCUGCUGGAGCCUCUGGCCCAGGUGGAUACCCAGAAGAUGAUAAGAGCCCAGUUUGGGGACCAUCCCAGAGCCUGCAACUCCAUCCACUUCCUCCUGCUGCCCGCACUCCCUCUCAGCCACUGUAUCCAGUUCUCACAGAAACAGCAUCAAGUGUGCAGAGACAGGCGGCUUGAAGUCGGCAGCACGAAAUACCGGUCCGAGAAGACCAUAGCCUGGGCCAGAUACCCCCACAGGAUGGACUCGCUGCAGAAGCAGGACCUCCGGAGGCCCAAGAUCCAUGGGGCAGUCCGGGUGCCCCACUACCAGCCGCCCACGCUGGCCUCGCUGCAGCGCUUGCUGUGGGUCCGUCGGGCUGCCAUGCUGAGCCACAUCAAUGAAGUCUGGCCCAACCUCUUCCUGGGAGAUGCGUAUGCAGCCCGGGACAAGUACAAGCUGACUCAGCUGGGCAUCACACACAUCGUGAAUGUUGCUGCGGGCAAGUUUCAGGUGGACACAGGUGCCAAGUUCUACCGUGGAAUGCCCGUGGACUACUAUGGCAUCGAGGCUGAUGACAACCCAUUCUUCAACCUCAGUGUCUACUUUCUGCCUGUUGCUCGAUACAUCCGAACUGCCCUCAGUGUCCCCCGAGGCCGCGUGCUGGUACACUGCGCCAUGGGGGUGAGCCGCUCUGCCACAGUUGUCCUGGCCUUCCUCAUGAUCUGCGAGAACAUGACGCUGGUGGAGGCCAUCCAGACAGUGCAGGCCCACCGCGAUAUCUGCCCCAACUCAGGCUUCCUCCAGCAGCUCCAGGUUCUGGACAACCGACUAGGGCGGGAGACGGGCCGGCUCUGACCUGGUGGCAGUCAGGAUCCCAGACUCAACCGACCAGCCUGGCCCUGGGGACAGCAGUCUCUGCUGUUCUCAGUGACCUGCAGAUGUAAAUAGCAAGUCGGGGCUUAGCUGAGGCAGAGGCAGGGAGAGCUGGCUGGUGACCUUUAGCAGGUGGAUUUCCCUGACCCAAUCCAAAGAUUCUUUAUGCAAAAGAGAGUUCAGUCUGUCUCUAUAAUAAAAGGUUCAUCAUAAUAAA